UCUCAGCCUUUGUAAUUUAGUUUUAGCGCUGGUUUGCAUUGGCUUUUGUUUUUUUAUGCAUUUAGUUUUCAUUUCUACGAAAAUAUUCCACCGUCCUGAAGAAGGGGCAGGUCGUCCCAAAAAUUUGACAAUCCAAUCAUUGGACAUUUUGGUGCUUUAUAUAUACAAUGUACAUGUAUGCAUAUGCUACCUGCAGAUUACGUGCAGGAGUAGAGAAUCACUCACCUGUGCAGUCGGAGAUCAAGGGUUUGGAUUCUACGCUCCACUGAAUUUCCGACAACUCCAGUCUUUUUAAACCGUGUGACACACUGGAAUUCCACAUGUUUAUUAAAUGACCUAGAAAUCGCCGCCAUUGGGGAAUCCGUGUGGCUGAAUUAUGUUUAAAAAAAAACUUUUCAAGAAGAAACUCAAGCCAAAAGUGCAGAAUGAUAAAGAAAGUCCAACUACCGGCGACAUGGACUACGACGUCAUAGAUCCAAAAUCCAACUUUGGACCAUCAAGAUAUACGCCUCUCUUACCUGAUACUCCAAUCCCUAAAUCACUGCUAAAGAAUGCAGGGAAGAUAUUCAGCAAGGAUGCCAUUGUGGAUCUUCCUUUACAACAUGUGGCUUCCAACAGACGGAUGGAAGAUUUAGACGAUGAUGAGUAUGGGUACACAACUGGUAGCGACAUCUAUAAACUCAAAAAGAAGGACACCACAUGGGAAGAAGCAUUUGUGGAUGCUCAUGAGUUUUUACCGUACAAGAAAGACAGCCAUAGUUCCAUGCUUUCCAAGUUUUUCUUCUCCCCUCGAGAAAACUACGAAACGCUGUCUAUUGACAAGAUAUGUCUGGAAAUGACCAGUGCAUCGACAGAAGUUCAGCAAGACUUGUUAAAAUAUAUCGCAGCUUGUCUUCUACCAGAUCUGAAACAAAACAACAAAAUUGUAGAAAUCUUCAAUCUGCUCUCGUGCAAAAACAAAUCUGUUAGAAAUCUUUGCGUGAACGAAAUGACAGAGAUUAUAAUGGAUGCAGAUCAGGGAAAAUUUUCCAGAGAUGAAAUGAUGAUGUUGUACGAGACAGGCACUAUUCAGUUAUUCACAGUUAUUUCAGAGACAAAGAAAACAUUCUCCAUAUUCCAUCCUCUCAUCCAGCUCGGGAUUAUGUUCAACUGCUUUAUUUACCUAAGGGCCAUUGAAGCAGUUGAGGAUUGGAUUCCAUGCAUUCAGAAUGUUGCGUCAGCUAUCCAAUCUAAGAAGAAGCGUGUUAUGGAAAGGAAUGACCCCGAUGUUAUCAUUUUCGCUAAGAUGGCAAAAUGCAUUUUUGAUUUAGAAGAUGUGGACUUGGAUGAGAGUUUGUUGAUGGAAGAAGAUGUGAACGAUUUCCUUCCCCCUUUUAACAGAGAAGACAGUGAUAUAUGUAUCGAGGGAUUUGCUGCUCUUUAUCACACAGGAAAUCUGGUACUGAGACAGCAGUCAAAAUUCAAUUCCGGUGUUCAGAAAAUCGCAAACUUGUCUUCAUUCAUGGAUGGUUGUAAUGACAAUGGAAUGAUGAAAUGGUACCAUCGUUUGCUUGAUUUAUUUAUAGUUCAUAUAUUACAGCGGGAACACUCUGAUGUAAAACUGGAGAUACUCGAAAAGGGUGAAGAUCAAUUGUUUUUGACGCUGAAUCGUGAGUGCCAUUUUGCUGAGAGUUUUAGUACCUCCCACUGUCUGUUGUUUCAUCACAAUGAAAGAAUACAAUCCAAAUACAGGGAAAUCGGCAAAAGAAGAGGUAUAGUCAAUUCAAAGACUGUCACGGAGGAUCACAUACAGUCGAUUUUAAACAAGUGCGGACUGGUGUUUGACACGUCUUCUACAGUUUUACCUCUAAACAUUGGUUUUGAACGCAAACAAUGCACAUUUUGUAAUGUGGAUGCAUCUAUCACUUGCAUAUUCGAAGUUGAACCUGAUGAGCCAAAGGAUGUGGAUAUGUAUGAUAAUACCGCCACAACUUUCAGCACAAGGGAAAGUUCAUUGAGAAAAGAAAGAUUAGAAAAUGAAAUGGAAGUGUUGAAAGAAAUUGAGACCAAAGAUAUGCAUAGAAAUGUGGCCAGACUUCUGGCGUUCAAUCAGUCCUCACCAAAGUUUUACAUCAAAGAGAGAUUACCUGGAGACAAUCUACAAAGACGUCUCCUGGAGGUAAGAGAAAAAGGAAAAGUAAUCCCAAUCGCAGAUCUCAUUGGAAUUAUCGUACAGGCUGUACAGGCAAUUAUAUACGUACAUAGCUCUGGCUGCCUCGUCAGGGACAUAACCACAGCGUCAUUUGGUUGCACAGUGACAGAAAAUGGCUAUUUCCUCAAGCUGAAAAACUUUGAAAUGGCGGCCAAGCCGUCAGAUUUCCCUAGUGGUGGAAUAGUGACCGGCUUAAUUGACCUUGACUUUAAUGGAGUCUGCACUCGAUGGGCAGCCCCAGAGAGCUUGCUAGAAGGGCGUUAUAGUAUCUACAGUGACGUUUGGUCCGUCAACAUUUUAGCAGACGAAAUCCUCAACUACGCCGCGUGGCCGUAUUCGGACAUAAGUGAUGCGGACAUUGACGACAUGAUUAUCAAUAUUGUCUUUACUCACCUUAAACCUCAAGGAUUCAAUCGACCGAGGCGGGUCCAGGGUCUUAUUUUGGAGGGACUUGCCAGCGAACCCGAUCAGAGACUAAAACUGGAGGCGUUGCGGGAAAGGCUUUUAGAGAUAUCGGAUAACGUCAGCGGGGGCGAAAGUUACAGUACAUACGACACUUAUUCUGGAGUGGAGGGAACACAUGCAAAGGUAUAUGAUAUACCUUCCCUUACAGAACGACAAAUAAAAGCCAACUCUGUAUUUGAAAGGGGAAUCCCACCCUCAAUUCAAAGAUACAGAGAACUUGAUGAAGAUCCCAUGAGUGUGUUUGCGUCAGAAGCAGCGGAAUACAAUGAAAGACUACGAGCACAGGAUGGCAUCCCACUGACAGAAAUAUCCUCUGACGAGUAUUACAAGAUCGAGAGUGAGGACAGAAUAAACAUGAUGAAAGUAAUGGAAAAAGUGAGCGAUGACUUCCUGAAGUUUACAUACAACAGAUUGAAGGAAAUCGACAGUAGAAAGAUGUGUGUGGAACCAUGGCCUCCUACGACAAGUAUCUCAGCAGAUGGCUUUAAACAAAUACACUAUAAAUUUCCACGAUCAACACACCUUCUUGAUAUAGUCCUCCACAAGGAACGCGGCGAAACGAUUGGUCCAUACAUUGAGCUUUUGUAUGAACUGGCCAAUCAUAUAGACUCUUUUCAUUCAGCUGGAUGGAUUUUUCGAUGUCUCAGAGCAAAGAAUGUUUGGAUUCUGGAAACAAAAAAACGAGAACAAACGAUUGUGGUGCCCAAAUUUGGUAAAUACCGCGUGAUAGCGUCAUCAGACUUCGACAUCCAUCUAGAGCAGAUCAAAGUUGAAAGACCAGAGGAGGCAGAUGGAAUACAAUGGCUUCCGAUUGAGUCAAUAAAAGCAGGACUCUAUUCCAAGGAAAGUGAUGUAUAUGCCUUUGGUAUGAUCACGUGGGAGGUCAUGUCUGCGUUUGGACAGGAGGGAGUUGUGUAUGACCAAGACGAAGAGCGGGAAUUAAACUGCAUUCCAUUCAACUACCAACAAUCUGAAAAUAUUCUACAACAUUUGAUAGAGGGAUACAUACCAGAAAAAAAUGUGAAAUGCCCCGAUUGGUUUUAUCGAGAUGUUACGAGGCCUUGUCUUCUGCAUCAGAAAAUCGACAGACCCUCGAUGAAAACUAUCGUACAAAUCCUGGGAACACGGCUUGAUAAAUCUCUUCCAAAACAAAUUCUGAUGGCUCCACCCCAACCUCCACCUGAUCAACUCUCACAAAGUGAUAGAAAACCCCAAAACGUAGAAAUGUACGAAGAUAUCUAUGAUUAUGAUGAAUUUGACAUAAGUACAGAUUUGUCUCAGUCUUGCAUAGAGGAAUCUAAAACGACUGAAAAGGACGGUGACUCUACCGUUUUUCCACCACCUCAAACGCGAAGACCUCCACCUCCGCCCCCAGUGUCGUAUUACAAUACAAAGGAGAGUAAAAGCCAGGGUGAAGUGAAACGUAGUCUGCCACCUCCGCCACCUCGCCCCAAACCGAAAGACGACAAAGGGAAGGAAGCUGAAGUAAGAUUGAGCCCAGAGAACAAAAGGAAAGGUGCAGACAAAACUUUAAGUAAAGGUGACAGCAAUGACAGUAUUCCACCUGUUCCUAGAAGACCACCACCGUUACAUGACAAUGAUGAAAGUAUCCCACCUGUUCCUAGAAGACCACCAACGUUACCUGACAGUGAUGACAGUAUUCCACCUGUUCCCAGAAGACCAAUACCGUUGCCAUCACAAGAAAAUCAAAAAGAGUCUGCAGAAACAACGGAUGAGAAGUCAUGCAAAACACUUCCUCUUCCGAAGAUUCCACAAAGUGAUGAGAGUGAAAGUGUAGAUGUGGAGGAACGGUCAGCUCAAACAGUUCCACCAAAGACACAAACUCGCCAUAGUAAUGCUUAUCAAAAUGUGAAGGAGCAAAAGUCUUUUCAAAUUAACAAAGCCAAAUUCCCUCCACUUCCACCCAAACCAGAAGGAACUAAGAAUACAUUUGAUGGAACCAACCCAGAACCCCCCAGAACCCCACACACCAGUGGUCAUAAAAAUGACACAUCACCUCCUCCACCUCCUCCAUUGCGACGGGACAAUCAGCUAAAGUCGGAAAACCCAAGAACUUGUGUGGAUAACGUACGUGACUUUGACAAAGAUUCCAUUCAUAAAAGUUCAGAUUUCGCAGAGUCUGCAUCAAUUAUGUCUCAAGGCAGUAUGGGGGAAACUUGUAAAGGUUCAGAUUAUGUGAGUAAAACUUCAACCCAGAAUCUCGGAGACACAGAGAGAGGAUCCGACUUCGAUCGUACAUCUGAAUCUGGUGUUGCACAUCGUAUCAGUGAUAAUUUGACAGACACUGAGAGAGGCUCAGACUUUUACGGGAAAUUGCCAGCUAUGAAAACGAAACCCAAAAUUCUUCCAAAGCCGUCUAAAAGUAGACCUCAGCCGACGUUCUACGUUGGGGAGGAAGACAGCAGUGAACAAAUGAGAAAGGUUGAUGAGGUGAAGAGAGAUGAAUGUGACACUGCAAAACAAUCGAAUCCAGUUUAUGUGAACGAAACGGAAACUAACACUAAACCUGUCGUGCCACCUAGGAAACCGCUCGAUAAAUGAUUUAGUGUUUGAAGUCGCGCAAAUACUAUCCUUCGCUCUUUCUCUAUGUGGAAAUAUAGCAUUCAACAAUUCAUGCGGCGGGUAGUGGUCUAAAACUUUCCGCCAUACUUCUUGCACACAAAAGGACCACCUGAACUGCAUGGAAACAGACAAUACUGUAAAUGUAUUACAUUUGGCUGUGUAUUCUAUUUAGCGCCUUUGGCGGAACACAGCUUCCGCUAAAUCAAGUACAUCGCUAAAUGCCAUCCGUAAAUCUAGAUGUUUAAAGUAAUUCAGGAAUGCGCUAAAUCAAAUCUACGCUAACUUGUUGAAAAAACGAUUUCCGCCAAAUAUCGUACACGCCAAAUAUAAUACGUUUACAGUAUGUUAAGGUUUAAUCAAGGUUGAAAUAUCUCAGAACUUUUGACGACCUUCAUUGGCUUUUUAAAGAAAGUUUGGGUAGAUUUUUGUUACCCAGGUCCGUCCGUGAAUCAAACAUCCUUCUUCCUCAAAUUCUUCUUUUAUUUUAAGCAGUAACCAUUUAAUCUUUUGGAAUGUGAUAUGUGGUUUCUUGUAGAUGUGCAAUAAGGUUUCAAAACUUUUAAUUUUACUCUGGGGCAAAAUGGGGGUAAAAACGAUAUUUUUCUACAAACACCUGGUUCCCUGACCUCCUUUUACAUUGUAUGCAGUAGCCAAGCCGUCUUUUGGAAGAUGAUUAGUGGUGUCCUGUAGAUGUGCAAUAAGUUUCGGACUUUCAAUUUUACCAUGGGGGCAUAAUGGAGGUCAAAUAAUGAUGUUUUCUCUAUUUAAAAAAUCUGGUACGCAGAACUCCUCAUACAUUUUCCGCAAUAGUCAAAUCAUCUUUUAGAAGAUACUUACAUGUAGUAGUAAAUAUUUACCCUCAUCAAUAGGGUAAAUAUUCCAAUGUUCUUUCCUAUUCUAAUUUGUAAUUAAUGAUAUAAUGUUUACGCAUAUUUGGCGCUAUUGUAAUCAUGGUCGGGCGAUAAGUUCCUAUUAGGAGCCCCUUUGGCGGCCUAUCAUGAGUCUACAUCAUUUGGAACACCUCAGAGACCUCUUGCGUGCGAAGAUUCCAUGACAAAGGACCGCCAUGUAAUGUCACCAUCCAAAGCACAACAUGCUCAAAGAAAUAUUAAAUUCCUCCACCACAAAGGAGCUGACAACUUGUGUGUCUGCGUAUCAGAGUUCUACAGAGUGUAUUUCACCGUCAGGACCGGUAACUCCUGUCCAGAAAUGUUAGUGAUGAUUUUUAAUGGUAUAAUUUUUGUGUGUGUGUAUGUACCCAGGUACUACCGGCAGCAUUAUUCAAACUAUUUUCUAAAAAACAAGAUGACAGUUGAAAUCACUUUUUGAAAUUUAUUUCUUCAAACUAUAAAUGAGUGUUGUUAUAUCAGUAUCCAUAAUCAAACAUUUCGUCUGUUGCAUUGAUGCAUAACCAAACAGGGGCAUUAUUAUAUUCUUUUUGCAAUAUCUAAGUAUGUCUUUGUGAGUAGUAUACACAUCACGUGCGAGAAUGCUGAAGUCCUGAAUAUAGUAUUAGAUGUAUAUGGCAUUUUAGACUUUUUUAUAUAAGAAUAUAUAUACACAAAUAAAUAUAAUUAUGAAUUU